AUGUUAUCUCCUAAAACAUCUUUAACGUCUUCGUUAUCUACUUUGUUGACAUCUUCAGUAGGUAUUGGUUGUUUUUAUUUGCCAUAUAUGUUUAGAAAUAAUGGUUUAGUUAUUGGAAUAACUAUAACUCUACUUUCUGGAGCAUUGUCAGUGAUGUCAUUGAAAAUAUUAGCACAAGCUACCGAAUUAACUGGAGCAGAGACAUAUGGCACAUUAAUUUAUUAUUCAUACUAUGACCAGAUUAAUGAAGGCUUAUUCCCCUCCAAUGGAACUAGAUCUAAAAUUUCUUUACCAAGGAUAUUUGAUAUUUUGGUAUUUCUAGAUUGUUUCUUAUGUGUCUCAAUAUUUUUUAUUGUAUUAUCUGAACUAGUACCUCCUUUAUUUACUUAUAUGGGGGGUUUAUCUAGGAAUAUAUUUAUGUUUAAAUCAGGUGUGGCAAUUAUAUGCUUAUCAUCUUUACUAUUUUUUCCAAUAUGCUUAUCAAAGAGAUGCUAUGAAUGGUAUGGAAUCGCAUAUAUGGCAUUCACUGCAGUAACACUUUGUAUAUUUAGUAUUUUAUACUACUUAUUUUCUGGUAAUAAUCCAAUUUCAACUUCAGUAGUAUUAUUUCCUUCAAACAUAAUGAAUAAAUCUAUUUUAUAUAAUUCUCAACUACUUUUUAAUAUUUGUAUAUUUGCUUAUUUUUCUCAAUUCAAUAUAAUACCAGUUGUAUCUAGAUUAUAUAAUCCUUCACCUUCACGAUUAAGAUUUUUAACAGCUUCGUAUGGAAUUAUCUUAGUAAUAACAUACUCUAUUAUGAGUGCAUGCGUAUAUUUAAUGUUUGGAAGUAAAAUAUACUAUUUUUCUCUAACCAAUUUUGCAGAUGAUGAUUUUGUAUUUACUGUAUGUAGAUUUUUGAUUGUUAUAUCGAUAUUAUUUAUUAUACCAUUACAUAUAUAUCCAAUGUUGGAAGCUUUGACCAAUCUUAUUUGUAAUGACUAUGAUUUAAUAAGUAAACAUCAAACUAUAGAAAAUGAAGACUAUGAAGCAGUUAUGACUUCACAACCUCUGAUUGAUAAUAAUAAUACAAGUCUAAUAAAUAGAUCUCAACAAUCUAAUAGCAAUUCAUUUAUCAGAUCUACACCUGGGAGAAAUAUAAUGUUGUCUAUUUCACUUAUCUCAUGCUGUACUCUAGCCCUACUAUUUCGAAACUCAGGUAUUUCACUAAUCAUUAUUACUGGAGGUCUAAUUGAUUCAAUUUUUGUUUUUUUAAUUCCUGCUUUGAUCCAUCAGAAAUUAAUUUCAAGAAGUGGUGAAUCAUUCUUUAAACAUCCAAUUCGUUUAAUAUUUGCUAUUUUAUAUAUCAUGGCAACUUGUGGAUCACUAAGAACUAUUUUUAGAAAAGUAUGUUUUCAUGUUAUAUUUUAG